AUGGCGGGAACGUCUGUAACGCUUCUGUUGCUCGCGGUGCUUGUCGGGAUCGCACUGCCGACUGCAGCUGUAGCAGACACGCCAGGGGCGACCGGUCCGGACAAGCCGUGUGGGGAUUUCACGUGGCCAAAAAUUACUAACGGAGACGUGAAAUGUGACUACAGCUACUACAACACUGGUGGCAGGAUCUACGACUAUCCUAGAUACAGAACUUACAACGGUCCUUUCAGUGGGCGCUGUAAGGUCAACUGCUCUGGUGAUAUACCAGUGAUAGGUCCGAUCAGUUCUUCCCUUGAUGGGCCUCACGAGCAAUACUACUACUGCCACGAGGACUCAGGGUUCUGGCUAGGGACAGAACCUCGGUGCGAAGGCAAGUAUUUUUCAAUCUCUAAAUGCCUAUAGUUUUUUUUCUGAUUAUGUUAUUAUCAUAUUUCACUCCACACAACAG